AUGUCGUCCUCAUCCAGUUCCUCUGAGUCAUCGUCUAAUCUAUCGAGGCCAAACUCAUUGAACAACUCUAUGGUUUCCAUGAAAACUGAAGACCACACAGGAUUAUAUGACCACAGGCAACACCCCGAUUUGUUACCAGUUCGUCACCAAGCCCCCGGAUUGAAGCGACAGGAAAUAGCUAAGCUCGCUGCUCCCAGAAAGCAGAAGAAGGCAGCGAAACAUGAAGAUCAUAAGGAGGUUGAGAUUACACCUGAUAGAGAUCGAAUGAAUCCUGAAGAUGCAGACCCUGAACUGAAUGAAACAGCUGCUCAUCAUCAGCUGAGAGCCUCUGCGAUUUCGACCUCAACUUCUAACGUGAGGUCAUCUAGAUUAGCAUAUUCCAUGCCGCGCCAAGUCCAGCUUUACGAGGCGAGUAGUAAUAACCGUUCGUCCAACGAUAUAAGUAUAAAACGUAAUUAUAAUACGCCAUUAUCUACCACUUAUUCAAGCAACAAACCCAAGUUAAGUUCAUCUUCUUCCAUAGGUACUGUGAUAAAAGUUCAUAAAGCCUCAGUACUUCUUGAAAAUCCGCUGGAAAUGAAAAUUGACACUCAUUGCAAGCAGGCAAAGCCCAAGAAGAGAACAUCCUCCAGAACAUCUACGCAUUCAUCCAUUGACCCCAUGGCUGUACUUGCAAAAAGCGCAUCGCAACAAUCAGGAGAUGAUCCACAGGAAAGAAAACCAGUACACACAAACACUAGAGCCUCUUUUGAUAGCGAUGUUUCCCAGCCCUCGAGAGAAUCACAAGAGACGGAGGAAGAUGUUUGUUUCCCGAUGCAUCCGCAACUGCACACGAGAGUUAAUGGUAUAGAUUUCGAUGAAAUAGAAGAAUACGCCCAGUUCGCGACUGCAGAAAAGAAACAGUACCUGGCCAGCCUUCAAGGGUCCAAUGAACAAAUGGUUGGUAAUAUGUCUCAUGAUAUUGGAUUUACAAGCUCUACUUCCACUUCGGGGUCCUCGGCAGCCCUCAAAUACACGCCUAGAAUUUCGCAGACUGGUGGAUAUAGUAAUAGUACCAAUGAAGCAGACAUUUGUAAGAAGAAGGAAGACGAGGAUGAAGAUGACAAAUCUGGACCACGUCCUGGCGUAUCAUUUGGUAAAAACAAAGUUGAAGAAGAAGACGACAAAAUUCCAUCCCAUAAUCCAGCGUAUUUGUCAUACGAGAAUACAGAUUUUCAAAUUCCCAACAGGUUUUCAUUUUUCUGUUCAGAAUCUGAUGAAACCGUGCAUGCUAGUGAUAUUCCGUCCUUGGUGUGUGAGGGUCAGUCAUUCUAUGAAUUGUUCAGAGGGGGGGAACCAACUUGGUGGUUAGAUUGCAGUUGCCCAACCGAUGACGAAAUGCGUUGCAUAGCAAAGGCUUUUGGAAUUCAUCCAUUGACGGCAGAAGAUAUUAGAAUGCAAGAAACUCGUGAAAAAGUGGAGCUUUUUAAGUCGUAUUAUUUUGUUUGUUUCCAUACAUUUGAAAACGACAAAGAAUCGGAAGAUUUCUUAGAGCCCAUUAACGUUUACAUUGUCGUUUGUAGAUCUGGUGUUUUGACCUUCCAUUUUGGUCCAAUUUCACAUUGUGCUAAUGUUAGAAGACGUGUAAGACAACUACGAGAUUACGUCAACGUCAAUUCGGAUUGGUUAUGUUAUGCCUUGAUCGAUGAUAUCACAGAUAGUUUUGCUCCGGUCAUUCAAUCCAUCGAAUAUGAAGCAGACUCUAUUGAAGAUUCCGUAUUCAUGGCUCGUGACAUGGACUUUUCGGCCAUGCUGCAAAGAAUUGGUGAAAGUAGACGCAAGACAAUGACGCUAAUGAGACUUUUAAGUGGUAAGGCCGAUGUCAUCAAAAUGUUUGCCAAAAGAUGUCAUGAUGAAGCCAACGGUAUUGGGCCAGCGCUAACAUCACAAAUCAACAUUGCGAAUUUACAAGCAAGACAAGAUAAUGCUAAUCACACUAAUAAUAACAGCUAUGCAACUUUACCAAACAACUAUGUGCCCACAACUUCACAACCAAGAGGGGAUAUUGCAUUGUAUUUAGGGGAUAUCCAAGAUCAUUUGCUCACGAUGUUUCAAAAUUUGUUGGCAUAUGAAAAGAUUUUCUCUAGAUCACAUGCAAACUAUUUGGCUCAGUUGCAAGUAGAAUCAUUUAAUUCGAAUAACAAAGUUACGGAAAUGCUAGGAAAAGUCACGAUGUUAGGUGUAAUGCUAGUUCCUUUGAACGUUAUCACCGGUCUGUUUGGUAUGAACGUUCCGGUGCCAGGAGGAAAAAGUACAACUGUUUCGUGGUGGUUCGGUAUAUUGGGUUUCUUGAUUUUACUGGGCAUUGCAGGUUGGCUCUUAGCGAACUUUUGGAUUAAAAGCAUAGAUCCUCCAUCCACACUAAACGAAGCUGCGGAAAGCGGUGCCAAAUCGGUCAUAUCCAGUUUUUUGCCAAGAAGAAAUAAACCAUUUAACGAUCGUUCUAAAAACGUCAAUGUAAGAGCUGGUCCUUCAAACAGGUCAAUUGCAAGUCUUCCCAGUAAGUAUAGCCGCUAUGAUUGA